CUCUCUCCCCCUCUCCCUCUCGCUGUGACCAUGUGGUUCCUGCUCAUAUUCAUCCAAUUUCCAGCAAUACAAGCGCAAGAUCGAAUAGCUUUACGGGGAUCAAACAGCCCAUGUAUGGGCCGUCUGGAGGUCUACUACAACGGUCAGUGGGGUUUGGUAGGCCAUCAUGAUUGGAGGAGUGAAAACGGUAUGGUAGUGUGCAAGUCUUUAGGCUGCGGUGAUCAUGUGAAAUCUGGAAUUUUUGAAAAUUCCUACCAAACAGACAGACCUCAAACCUAUUGGUUGGAUGAAGUCCGUUGCACCGGGAAAGAGGAGAGGCUCUGGCACUGCAACAACACUGGCUGGAAUAUCACUCGCUGCCUCCCUCAAAACUUUGUUUCAGUCAUUUGCUCAGGGAACAUUUCUCCGAGACUGAAUCUAAAUGGAAUGAUGAACGAGUGUGCCGGGGUGGUGCAGUUCACAACACAAGAUGGUGUAAUUAACGUGUGCAACCAGAACUGGACUGACAUAGCGAAUAAGGUGUGCAAAGAACUUGAUUGUGGGAAAUUUCAUAAACAGAUGCCCAACCCAUCAAAUCCGAAAGGAAGUUCGAACAAAGUGGCACUAAACUGUAUUGGCAACGAAGACUUCUUGUGGCAGUGUGUGGACAAUUCAAAAUGCCAAGAAGAAGACAUCAGCAUCAUCUGCACAAAACAUAAUCAUAUCCGUCUGUAUGGUGGUGAGGAUGUCUGUGAAGGAAUCUUGAAGAAGGAGAGCCUCACUGACAAAAAGUGGGUUAAUGAAAAUUAUAAAGAGGUUCAGUCCAACAUGGCUGAUAGCAUGUGUGCUAAACUGAAGUGUGGCAGUGGCAUCAGUAUGAAACGAUGCAAUGAAAGCACUAACCUUACCUGCCUUAAAUGCUCAGAUCGUGUCAAGAUAGAGCUAAGAAACAAUAGGAAUUCAAAGUGUUAUGGGGAAAUCUACGUAAAUGUGAAUGGUUCUCACGAUGCAGUGUGCAGCACAGGUACCACUUCCAAUACAAAGAUUGGUGAGGUGGUGUGCCAAGAGUUGCAAUGUGGAACCCCUCUCUCUGUGGUGCCGGGCUCCAUAAUAAAGGAAGGCAAAAUGAGUCUUUUUGACUGUAACGGAACGGAGAAAUCUCUGUGGGAGUGCAUGUACAAAAAUGGCAAUGUUCGCAAUUGUCAAACCAUCAAAAUUGCAUGCUCAGGCUCUCUGCACUUGCAAUUGAGCAACGGUCUGGACAAGUGCGCAGGCCAACUGGAGGUGGAAUAUUAUGGGUCACGUUGGAGCAUGACCUCUACAGACUGGUCAAAGGAAAAUUCAGACAUGGUGUGUCAACAUCUUCAAUGUGGAGCAUCCAAGGAAAGCAAUCACUAUCACUUUGUCAAGAGCAAACUUCUGCCACUGGAAUGGAAGCUGGAAUGCAGCAGCUCUAGCAUCUUGAACUGUAGCAUGGCAAGAGAGGAAAAUAUUCAGCAGAAUUCAGUUGUCAGCAUCCUCUGUGACAAUCAUGAGCUCUGGUUUCUGGAGGGCAGCUCAACAUGUGAAGGGAAAGUAAAGGGUGAAACCAGUGGAUAUUUGCAAAACAUCAACAAAGAAUUGGCCAAAGAAGUAUGCAGAAGAAAUCUUUGUGGAGGUGUGUUGUAUACAUCAGAAAGUGACAUCAGCAACAGCAGCAUGAAUUCAACUGUCAGCCCUGAAAAUGCAACCUCAUCCUUCAUCAGCUCCAUGGAGAAUCCAACCACAGUGGCACCAACAAAACCUCAAGAUGCUUAUGUGAAAUGCUCAGGCUCUCCGAUGGUGCGGUUGCAGUACAGAUGCUAUGGGAAGGUGCUGGUGUGUGACUCUGACAACUGCGGGGUGUGUGGGUACACAUGGACAGAUAAGCAGUCAGAAAUGCUCUGUAAAAUCCUGGGCUGUGGACAGGUGAUCAAAGAGACGUAUAGGGGGACGAUGAAACCUGGAGUGACCGUGGCCAGUGUACACUGUUCUCAAACAGCUGAGGACUUCAGCCAGUGCAACUUUGCAGCACUUAAUAACCCUCCCUUAUGCGAAAUGCCAGCCUACAUUUCCUGCACAGGGAGUGUGAAAGCUGAGCUGCACGACCCGAGAGAUAAGUGCGCUGGAAUCCCUUCUCUAUUUUACUCUGGAAAGCAGUUCCGACUGUGUGCAAAGGACUUCGAUACCAAGACACAGAAUGGUUUCUGUGCAAACUUUGGCUGUGGAGAAGCUCUCAGUUUCAACAGCGUCUUAUCAACAAGCGAGGGAUUGGCAACGAUCACUUGUCAAGAUAAAAACAUUUCUAACUGUGACUUCUCUAAAACUAAAAUACAAGAAUGUGAAAUUGGUCGUCUUAAAUGCACAGGGUGGAGAAGGCUGGUCCUCACUAACGUUGAAAACGCCUGUAAGGGUCAGGUCUUCCUCCAGGAUGCAACGAAUAUAACUGCAGUGAGCAGUGAUAAUUGGAACGUCCAGAGUAGAAAUGAGCUGUGUAAAUAUCUCGAGUGUGGGACAGUCUCUACAGUCUCUAGCAACGAAACACACAACACGCCUGUCUGGAGCAAGACCUUCAGUUGUCCAUCGAAACCUAAGGGCAUCUGGGACUGUGAGAACGAAAUGGCACCUGUGAAAUACCAAAACCAACUCCAGAUCACUUGCACAGAUGAGCCUGAUAUGCAACUCAAAGGCAACUGUACAGGUGAGGUGUGGCUUAAAAAAGAACGCGUGUGUUUCCAGUCGGAGAACACAGAAGCCGUCUUCAGUGAGUUCUGUCAAAUGCAGAACUGCAGCAUGUUUUUUAGAACCUGGUCCACCGAGCACAACAGAAAUGCACGUUUCCUCAGAUGCAUAGGACAGGAAAGCAAGAUGUGGCAGUGCAACUCAGGGACAUCUCAUUGCAAGUCUGUCGUCUCGCUGGCAUGUGCAAAGGCAAUUCAACUGAAACUCAGUAGUCCUUGUGGAGGCGAUCUUCUAGUGAACUACAGAGGACAGUGGGAAUACGUCUGUCCUUUGACCAGCGAAGCUGAUGCGCAUCAGAUAUGUAGAGAUCAGAAAUGUGGAAACGCCAGCAGAAUUUCGACACAUAAUCUAAAAAUAAAUGAAAAUACAGAUAUUAGCUUUAGUUGUACCAAGAACCAUAUAGAUCUGAAGCACUGCUUCAGAGCAGGAAAUGUCUGCAAAGAGAAGGCUGGAAUUUAUUGUGACAAUUAUGUUCCUCCAGUGGAGCCAAAUAUACCAAUGAUUGUAGUGAUUGUGGUGGGACUCGUGCUGUUGCUGAUAGCUGUGCUGAUUAUGUACCGGAAGAGAAAAACUAUCCGCGGAAUAUUAAGAUUCAAGUCUUCAGAAGAAGACUCAGACAUGGAGAUUAGCGAGAAUGAACUGCAGAGUUUGAAUGAAAAAGAUGAUUAUGAUGAUGUUGCCUCUGUGAACUCUAUCGAGGAAGACCAGAGUGACGAUGCCUCUGAACAUGAAGAGGAAGAUGCGAGCUCAAGUCAAGGCUCUUCUGGGACUGAAUAUGAUGAUGUUGAUGAAGAAAAUGCCAAAAUAUCAGCAGGCAGGAACCCCACUGAGCCAAUCCUUCCACCCAGACCUAACAACUUACUGGAUGAAGUGACGUUUGAAGCUGAAGUGGAGCCUCAGGAGGACUAUGAUGAUGUAAUAUUGCCUCAGACUGUGGACACUGAGCAAAAAGAAAGCUUGGAUAUUCCUGAUCCAUCAACAGAUCCACCAUUACUGGUGUCUAAUGAUGAGGCCAUGCCUCAGAAAGAUGAGUAAUCAAGGCCAUUUUUCAGUUCUUUUUAAAAGGAUAGAAAUUAGUUUUCAGAGUUAAAUUUAUAUGAUACAUUACAUUCAGUUGUGCUGGCACUAGCAUGAACAGCAAGAUAUAUAAAUAACACAUGAAUGUGCCUUAAUUUGGAAAUGCUGAGUACAAAUCUGUUGUACUGAAGAGCAGCAGAAUUAAAUCAAACUUGGAACUGCGAGUUUCGACAAAUGAAUGUGAUGAGAAAAUCUUACUUUUGCUUUUAUAAUCCAUUUUCUAAAAAAUUUGAAUAUACAUAAUACUUUAAAGAGUGUAAUAUUGUAAUAUUUUGCCUGUAAUGUUGACCCUGCACCAUAUUUUUACUUUUAAAUUUGUUUAAUAUAUUGCUGUAAUUGCUGACACGGUUAUUAUUAGUAUAAGUAUUAGUUGCUUCGAAUAUUAGACAAUGUCUGCUCAUUAUGAUGCUAGCUUUCGUCAUUAUUUUUUAAUGUAUUUUUUUUUUAAAUUCACAGUUGUAGGAAUUGUAUAUCUUUUCAAUGUGUGCAUGUUUCCCUUUAAAACUGUCUGAAAUACAGUGUACAGGCACAGAGAGCAAAUUGUCUUAGCCUACAUUUUGAUGUCUCUAGUCUGCCAUCGCUAGGGUCGACAAACCUACUUUUCCUUCUUCAAGUUUUGCAUUUCUGAGAUCCUAAAAAAGGACAAGAAUGUUCCUUAAGCAGUCAGCCCCUCUGUGAGACCCCCCCCAACACCCUCUGUGUUAAACCAUAUUAUAUAAAAUAC